AGCCGAGCCGAGCCAGCCCAGCCCAGCCAGCGCUCCGCACCGCGCCGAUGGCCCAGGAGCUGGAUUUCAGAUCCGUGCGUCUGAUGAAGAAUGACACCAUGAACUUCCAGAAGUUCCCCUACACCAGCGAGGACGAAGCCUGGAAAACCUACCUGGAGAACCCCCUGACUGCAGCCACCAAAGCCAUGAUGAGGGUGAACGGGGACGACGACAGCGUGGCUGCCCUGAGUCUCCUCUACGACUACUACAUGGUGCCCAAGGAGAAGAGGAUCCUCCCAGCUGGGAUGAUGGCACGCAAUGACCUGGCCAAGAGGCACUGCCACGGGCUGGAUUACGAGCCUGAGCUGCCCCCCUUGGAUGGCUCAGCCCAGCUGAUGAAGCUGCUGUCAGAAAACGUCUCCAUGAGCCAGGAGUUCUGCGAGCCCCCCAAGAAGAACCUGAGCCUCGAGGCUGUCCCUGCCCCUCACAAGGCAGCCCUGCUCCCUCCGGGCCCCAGCAAGCUGGAGGCCACCCCAGACAACUUCCUGGUGGCCCCGGGGGACGUGUACGACAGCAGCUCCCUGAGCUCCCUGUUCGAGAGCCUGCCCCUGGCCCCGCAGCAGCGCUGGCAGCCCGACAGCACCUUCAAGGAGGAUCCCCAGGAGUCGCUGCUCUUCAGUGACAUCCUCAAAGCCCAGCCAGAGCCACCCUGCCCCGAGAGCUACCCCACGGAGGGAGUGAAGAGUGACUUUGAAUACACUCUGGGGUCACCCAAAGCCAUUCACAUCAAAUCUGGGGACUCUCCCAUGGCCUACCUCAACAAAGGACAGUUCUACCCCAUCACACUGCGGACAGCUGGAGACAGCAAAUGUUUGCACUUGUCCUCAAAUAAAGUGAAGAGCGUGGUGAUGAUCGUGUUUGACAAUGAGAAGAUCCCCACGGAGCAGCUGAAGUUCUGGAAGCACUGGCACUCCCGGCAGCCCACGGCCAAGCAGAGAGUCAUCGACGUGGCUGACUGCAAGGAGAACUUCAACACGGUGCAGAACAUCGAGGAGCUGGCCUACAACGCCCUGUCCUUCGUGUGGAACAUCCACGAGGAAGCCAAGGUGUUCAUCGGGGUGAACUGCCUGAGCACAGACUUCUCCUCGCAGAAGGGGGUGAAGGGUGUCCCCCUGAACCUGCAGAUCGACACCUACGACUGUGGCAGUGGCAGCAGCCAGCUGGUGCACAGGGCUGUCUGCCAGAUCAAGAUCUUCUGUGACAAGGGAGCAGAGAGGAAGAUGAGGGAUGAUGAAAGGAAACAGUUCCGAAGGAAAGGAAAAUGCCUGGACUCCAACAACAACGGUCUGAAAGGCUGUUUGCUCUCUGGCUUCAGAGGGAACGAGCUCACCUUCCUGCGGCCCGAGAGCGACCUGGAGACGCAGCCCGUGCUCUUCAUCCCCAACGUGCACUUCUCCACGCCCCAGAGGUGUGGCUCGGUGCUCCCUCCUGCUGUUCCCAACUCUGCAAACAGGCUGCCCCUCAAGAGGAGCGGGGCCUCCUUCGCCGACGACUUCGAGGCGCUGCCCCCGAAGCAGAGCAAGGACGAAGACCCCCAGAGAGUGCUGCUCUACGUGCGCAGGGAGGCCGAGGAGGUCUUUGAUGCCCUCAUGUUGAAGACCCCGGACCUGCAGGGCCUCAGGACAGCUAUUUCAGAAAAAUAUGGGCUUCCUGAAGAAAGCAUUUAUAAAGUCUACAAAAAGUGCAAAAGAGGGAUCCUGGUGAACAUGGACAACAACAUCAUCCAGCACUACAGCAACCACAUGGCCUUUCUGCUGGACAUGGUAGAGGCAGAGAACAAGUUCCAGAUCAUCCUCAAAGAGCUCUAAAGAGCUGCAGGCAGCACUUCCUGGCACUUCUCUCCGAGCUGGCACGUGUGCCCCACAGAACUCAGCCCUGUGCCUGCUCUUGUUGCCUUGACUUGAACCCCCACGGCCCCGGGGGCCACAGACUGCUGUGAGAUCAUCCUGUGAACGUGGAACUUGGCUCUGUUGAGUUUAUUAUUAUUAUUAUUAUUUUUUAUUAUAUUUUAUUCCCUUCUGGCACCGGGCCUGAGCUGCCGUUUCAGAGCUGGGCACACCAAGUGGCACUGCCAGGCCUGGGCAGAGGGCAGAGCUGGUGGCCCUGGCAGUGACUGAUGCCAGCCCAGGCCUUGGCCUCUCCCAGACCCUGCAGAGCUUUCCCAGCAGGGCUGAGCCUGGCUCUGAGCUCCCCUCUGGCACAGACUCUCCAGAUGCAGCCACAGCUCCUGCUGGACGGACACUGCCUGCUGAUCCCCCUCCUGCCCCAUCUCUGACUGUAAAUACCACAGAGGCCUCCACAACCCUGUUUAUACAUUUCUGUGUUGUCCCUUUUGUAUUUUAUAUGUGUAUAAAUAUGCAUUGUUUUAUACUGGACUCAGUAUGGUGACACAGAGCAUUUCAAACACAGGCUGCUUCACAUUUCUCGUGAACUCCUUUUGUAACUGUGUUGUUGGUUGUGUUGUUUUGGAUUUUCUGUAGUAAUAAAGGCUCAAGGACUGAAAAGGAACCAUUUCCCCCAGCUCUGGAGUCAGAGUUGGGAUGGGCU